AGGACCCUAGUUCAAUUACCGAUACCAAACAAACAAACAAAAAAAGUCAGAAGAGAGGGCAAUCAGCAGAGUCCCAUGCAGGGUGAAGACUGAGCAGCCCAAGCAAACUGGCAGAAGUUGAACCAUGGCACGGUAUGAGGUGACUGCUGUGGGCCAUGUGAGUGAGGUAAGAAAACAUCUUUCCAAGAGCCAUGGCUGUGGACAGAGGUGGCUGGAGGUGAGCAGAGGGCAAGAGAAGUGAGAGAAGCUUCAGGGGGACCCCGGACCAGAAGACUAAAAGACACGAGAGCCAGGUGUCUUUGCCCAGCCUAAGUAAAGGUGUCUCCUGAAAACGAGAGACAAAACCAGCACAGAGCUGCAGGGAGGGGAGAUGUCCAGUAGGGGGUGCAGUCACUGGUGAGACGGCGACUUCUCUAAGGGGGUGGAUAAAGGGAGCCAGGAGCAGGUAGCUGGAAGUAUGGGAAAGCAGUGCUGGUAGUACUUCCUGACCAGGAAUAAGUGGUAUAUAUGUGUAAGUGUGGUGUUCUGUGUUUCCUUCUGUUUGGCUUUCAUUUAGUUUUAAUUUAUUAAAAACAAGAGUUGGAGGGAGAGGGAGGGCAGGGGGAAGGGACAUAAAAAUAAUUCAGAUGUUUUAUGCACAUGUGCAGACUCCCCAGGAGGAAUGUGAUCAUUUUGAACUGCUCACAGGGACUAAUAAAAAUUUUAAAAUAUUAGCAAUUUAAGGAUAGUGUUCACUGAGCUUGGAACACUGUUUUAACGCGUGGCACAUACACAUUGUCACUUUGGCACUGUGGCUCUGGUGCUUAAAUGUGGGCUCAAAUGAGAUGGAAUUCACACCCUGAUUUGACGUAUAUUCUGAAUGGCGUUUCUUUUGCUUCUACACAGGAUUACCUUUAAGUUAAACGAAUGAUUUUCCCAAGAUUUUACUUUCUCAGCAAUGCUGAUCUUCUCGAUAUUCUAGCAGAUAGCAGAAAUCCAGAGUCUGUACAGCCUCAUCUUGUGAAAUUUUUUGAAAAUAUAAAGCAAGUCCUGAUCUGGAGAGAGGAGUUUGGGCCUCCGGCCGUGAGGAUGCUCUUGUCUGCUGAAGGAGAAGGUCUUGUGCUGCCCAAGAAAAUUCAUAUAAGAAGUGCUGUGGAACAGUGGCUGGUGAAUGUAGAGAAAAGCAUGUUUGAAGUGCUAAAAAAAUUUAUGAUUCAAGGGGUUGAAGACUGGAAGUACCAAAUUUUUCCCCUAUGGGUGAUGUCUCACCCAGGACAAGUGGUCCUCACAGUGAGACAGAUCAUGUUUUACAAUGAUUGUAUCAAAAGUUUUGUGAGUUCUCAUUCAAGAGAAGAGCUAAGAAAAGUCCACACCACUGUGCUGGGUCAUCUAGAAGAGGCCGCGGAUCUGGUAAUGCUGAAUACUAAUGGCUCUCGCACGAAGACUGUCCUCGGUGCCUUGCUCACCCUGUAUGUCCACUACAGAGACAUUGUGAUAGAUUUGCUACUUAGAAACAUCUUCAGUUCGGAGGAUUUUGAGUGGACGAGACAUUUGCAAUAUAAAUGGAAUGAAAAACAAAGGUUGUGUUAUAUGUCUCAAGGAGAUGCUAGCUUCACUUAUGGCUAUGAGUACUUGGGUUGCACCACCAGGCUGGUUAUAACGCCUCUCACAGAACGCUGCUGGCUCACUCUCACUAGAGCACUGAACUGGAACCUGGGAGGCUCUGCUGGUCCCGCUGGUGUAGGAAAAACUGAGACUGUUAAAGAUCUAGCAAAAGCUUUAGGUAAACACUGUAUAGUCUUCAACUGUUUCGAAGAUCUGGACUAUAAGAUUGUAAGCCGGUUCGUGUACGGACUGGCGCAGUCGGGUGCCUGGUGCUGUCUGGACGAGCUGAACCGUGUGGGCGCCGAGGUGCUCGCGGCCCUGGCCGCCCAGAUGCUGGCGCUGAAGGCGGCGCGCGACAGCCACUCCGUCAGGUUUGUGCUGGAUGGAAAAGAACUUUGUAUCAAUAUGUCUUGUGCAGUAUUUAUCACCAUGAAUCCUGGAUACGGAGGGCGAGUAGAGCUCCCAGGUAACUUAAAAUCUCUGUUUCGCCCAGUGGCAAUGGUGGUGCCCCACUGUCAAAUGAUUGCUGAAAUAAUGCUAUUUUCAUUUGGUUUCAAAACUGCAAAAUCACUCUCUGGAAAGCUAGCUUGCCUUUAUGAAUUAGCUAGCAAACAGCUAUCACAACAGGCUCAUUAUGAUUUUGGCUUGAGGUCUUUGAAGACAGUUUUAAUAAUGGCUGGAAAGAAGAAACAGGAGUUUAAAUGUGAUACCAGUGACAAUCCUUUGGAAGCAGAAGAAACGCUGAUCAUAAUGGAGGCUAUAAGAGAAACUAGUUUAUCAAAAUUUCCUCCUGAAUAUGUACCACUUUUUGAAAAUAUCCUAGGAGAUGUUUUUCCUGGAGUGACAGUUUCAAAAGUAAAUCAGCUGACUUUGGAGAAAGCAAUAUAUAUGGCAACAGAACAAUUGGGCUUACAACAUUGGCCACCUCAGAAAGAAAAGAUAAUACAAUUUCAUAAUCAACUUCACGCUUUCCAACUUGAUGGUUCUGAUACAGUAGAUAUUGAUGAAAGUAUGUUUGCGAAGGAAGCAGAGAAAGAUGUUAAAAUUCCAGAAAAUCAUAAUUUUGAUUGGCAGUGGAUUAUCUUUGAUGGUCCAGUGGACACUUUGUGGGUAGAAAAUCUAAACUCUGUGCUAGAUGACACCAGAACACUGUGCCUAGCAAACAGUGAGAGAAUACCAUUAACUGAUAAAAUGUGAGUGAUUUUUGAAGUGGAUAUUCUCACCCAGGCCAGUCCUGCUACUAUGAGUUGGUGUGCGAUGGUGUAUAUGGAUCCUGUUGAUCUGGGAUGGGAGCCCUAUGUUAAGUCAUGGCUUUUAAAAACAUCUAAUUUAAUAAGUCAAUCAGGAGUGGAUUGUCUUGAAUUCAUGAUUUAAAAUAGUGUUGCCAGUGGGCUACAAUUUAUAAAGAAGCAUGAGAAAUUUCUGGCUUAUCCUGUCCAGGACAUAACAAUCAUCAUAACCCUCUGCAGAAUUCUUGAUGCUUUCUUUGAAUUCAUGAGUAAAAAUGGAGGAUUUGGACAAAGUGGCGAUUCGAACGACACUUUAAGCAAGAAGGCAAAUUCUGUGAACGUUUCUGUCCAAUUGAAGGCCGCAGAGAACAGGGAUAAAAACACAUGGUAUCUGGAGAAAAAUCCUGAUAAAUUAGCACUCGUAUUACAGAAGAUUUUCGUGUUUGCAUUCACUUGGUCAUUUGGAGGAAUUUUAAAACGUGAGGAUGAACAUGAAGAUGACAUCGUGUUUUGUUCCACUUUUGAGCCAGAUUGUCUUGCAGAUGUAACCUAUAGUUUUGACAACUUUAUUCAUAAAUUAUUUGAAAACAUAUCACAAGUAGAUCCUCUCUGAAACACUUUCCCCAGUCUUAAAGGCAACUUUGAAGAAGGAUAUCUAUCAGAAAAGAGGGCA